UACUCGGUAUCAGUACUCGGUUUUAAGUUUCUCAUUUCGAUUGAUGUGAUGAUCAUACGCUCGUGUCGUUCAUGCCACUUGUAGUGAAGUGAAAAGAAUCCCUCCUGCUCAAUACUGGUAGCCAGUCCUACCUCUCAGUAAUCUUGUAUGGUCGAUGAGACCCAGCAUGGACACUUUGAGCAAUCGUACACUGGCAAUGACACUACGAUCCACACUGAGACUACUAUUUCCUCUCUGUUCUUUGUUUUCUUUUCCUCUCUUUUUUCUUGAUUUUUCUUUGUUAUUGAGAAGGUACACGACUACUCUUAAGAUAUCUGCAUCACCGAUACUCCUUUACUCCUUUACUGAUUCACUCCUGUACACAACUCCUCAUGUCCUCACGUACUCAUAUAUUCAUAUCUCAUACACUCAUUUCAUACCUUCGUAUCUGCGUACCUUCAUAUACUCAACUUAAUCACUCUCGAUGAGGAGCUGGAGCUACCCAGGUGUACAUGUUUUUAUUUUAUGUAGUGCACUCUGUACAGCAUGCUCUCCGUACAGCAAGUGUUCGUAGCUCUGGAUCCUACAUAGU